CGGCUCGGCUCGGCUCGGCUCGUCCCCGGAGCCCCCCGGAGCUGGCGGUGCGGAGGAGCGCGGACGGCCGGCAGGCAAGCUCUAAGGGCCAGAAGAGAGAGCCCUCAGGAUGCCAGAGCCAGCCAAGUCUACUUCUGCCCCCAAAAAGGGCUCCAAGAAAGCCGUGACAAAGACCCAGAAGAAGGGCGAUAAGAAGCGGCACAAGAGCAGGAAGGAGAGCUACUCCAUCUACGUCUACAAGGUGCUGAAGCAGGUCCACCCUGACACCGGCAUCUCCUCCAAGGCCAUGGGCAUCAUGAACUCCUUCGUCAACGACAUCUUUGAGCGCAUCGCCGGCGAGGCGUCCCGCCUGGCGCACUACAACAAGCGCUCCACCAUCACCUCGCGGGAGAUCCAGACGGCCGUGCGCCUGCUGCUCCCGGGGGAGCUGGCCAAGCACGCUGUCUCAGAGGGCACCAAGGCUGUCACCAAGUACACGAGCUCCAAGUAGCUGGACGCUGCCUCUCCAACGGGACCGUUGAGCACCGAACCCUCCGCACAGGCACAGGUAGGCAGCUACGACCUGGAUGAACGUCACAGCUAUUCUCCGCGGCAAUGUACAGUCUUGGGAUGAGCAUUAGAAGCUGUCGAGUGGAAGAGGAGAGAGCGAGCUGGAUGUUGGCUCAUUUUCAUGGGGGGUUCGGGACAUGCUACGGGUUCUGCACGCUGCACCUCAGGCGACGCUGGUGGAGGAGGCCUCUGCUUUCACAUCUCAUCUGAAGGACUGGCUGCACUAUAUCCAAAUUCUCCUCCGUGCUUGGAAAACAUGCAUGUGUGGCGCCUGCAGGGGAGGCUGGCCACUCCAGAGAUACUGUCUCUGAAGUCUUCCUGGCUGCUUUCUUACAGUUGUACAAAAUGGGCACUAGGGAGUCAGUGCUUGCAUCCUCUCUGGUAGCCCAGCCCCAGCCUGUUGUACACAGCCCACCUGUGCAGGCAGAGGUGGCACUGACAGCCACAGCAACAGCCGGGCACAGCCCUCAGACCGAAAUCCAUGCUGAUCCAGCAGAGAUCUCUGCUUGCAGCGGUGUGCAAGGCCUCUUUCAAAGAUGCCGUGAUAAUACCACGUGCCGCUCCUCCUCGCUCCUGAUGGAGGAGGGAUGAGCAGGCUGGUGGUGCAGGCACGUGUGUACUUGCCCACCGGGAUGCUGGAGCCACCAGCUGCCUCCCAUAUGGAUGGGCAAGGGGAGUGUGGGACCACCUCCUCCCACUGCUGCUUUGCCUCCUCUAAGACCUACUUCAGUGUGCAAGACAUUGCUAAUGCUGCUGCUUUUCGGAGACGUUUUUCUGCCUGUGCACUCCUGUUCACUGUAAGGGUGGACACGGCGGGGUGGUGUCCAAGGGGGGACACUCGCUGCGAGCAACUUGCCUUGCCCCUGCCUUCCCUGCUGCACUCAUCUGCUAGCAAGCAAAGCAAAAGCUGGGGCUGGGAGGAUAUGUAGGGACACUUAAAUUAUCACUGCGUCCCAGUGGUGUUUUAUGGAUUAAAUCCUUUUGAGCUAAUUCAGAUAUUCCCUUCCUCAAAGUCCACUGUAAGGUGAGCAAUAAGAAAACCCCAAUAAAAGCCAUAGAGAUUAGUGGAGGAACAUCUCGGUUACAGGUUUAGCAUGCAGGGUCUGCUGGAUAGCAGAGCAAGAGCAUGUGUAGAAGUGGUGUGAAGUUGAAGCUUCCUACUCAAAACACAAAAUUAGCCAACAUUAAAAAAUAAAUAAAUCAAAAUCUCUGGUGGGCUGUAGCACUUCAGAUCAAAAAUAUUCAUGUCUUUAAAAUAACUGCUUUUUGCAAGUUGUUCUGUAAAUAAAAAGGGCAGCAAAGACACAGGUUCCAGAACUAAGUGAAGGGUCUCUUCAAAAUCCAAGACACUGUGUUUAAUCAUGUGAUAAAUUCCUACCCCUAGAUAACAACCCUGUAAUACAUCUCUCAUUUUUUCCUACUUUGGUCUCCAUCUUACCCUUAGAGAGUGUUGGCAACCCUUGAGAAAUUCACAUUGCUUUUGGAGAUGCAGAAUUCUGCUUCCAGCCACAUUUCAUACAGUAAUUCCAGCAGAAAUCACUAGCGGUAUCUUUCAGAAAGAGCAAAAGCCAGGUCUCAAGAUGGUGGCACCCACAACAAGCAGCUCCUGGCAGUAGCAUCUGUAUCUGGUAGCAGAAAUCUGUCAUCAGUCCGAACCAUUCGGCCAUCACGCUUCGAAAGGGACAGCCUAGCACUUCACUUCCUUUUUCUUUUUCUUUUUCUUUUUUUUCUUCUUU